AUGUCAGAACCAAAAAUAACUCCUAAUGAACUUGAAGCUGGUAAAAAGGAGCAUAGAAAUUCAAAUGUGAGCGACUCCAGUACAGUGCAUGAUACAUUUGUAAUUAAUGAACCAAUUCCUCUUCAAGAAGUCACUUCAUAUCGUGAACAAAUUCGUGAGCAGAUGCCUCCUGGUAUCCUUGCUACUCGUACUUUAUCUAUUAAUCGUUACUCUUCAAAAAAUACUGAACUUGAAAUAGUAAAUUCUCGUAUUAUGACUCAACAAUCUGAAAAGCAUCCUAUAAUACACUAUGUGAAUUGGGAUGAAAAUGAUCCAGAAUGUCCUUAUAACUGGGAUUCUAAAUUCCGUUGGAUGUAUACUAUUGUAGUUGCUGGUCUUGUUGUUUCUGCAGCCUUUGGUUCCUCUGUUAUUACAGGUCGAUUAAAUGGUGUCGUUGAGUCCUUUGGUUGUACAGAUGAAGUUGCUAUUUUACAGGUUUCUCUUAUGGUUUUCGGUUUCAUGUUGGGUCCUCUUCUUUGGUCUCCUUUAUCAGAACUUUUUGGCCGUAAGCCUGUUUAUGUAGUCGCUCUUGGCAUAUAUACCAUCUUUAAUAUUCCUUGUGCGGUUGCUAAGAAUAUUCAAACUGUAUUAGUCUGUCGAUUCUUCUCUGGUUUCUUUGCUUCAUGUUGUUUAACCCUUGCUGGUGGUUCUAUUUCUGAUCUUUUCCCUACUGAGACCCGUGGUAAUGCUAUUGCUUAUUUCGCUGCUGCUCCUUAUGCUGGUCCUGUUUUAGGUCCUAUUGUAGGCGGCUGGAUUUCUGUUGGUACUCAAAAUUGGAGAUGGAUUUAUUGGGUUAAUAUGAUUUUUGCUGGUGUUAUGUGGAUUAUUAUCUGUUGUUUACCUGAAACAUACCAUCCUGUCCUUCUUGCUAGACGUGCUAAACGUAUUAGAGCAGAAACCGGUGAUCCAACUUUUGUAACUGUUGAAGAAGAAUUCCCUGUGCCUAUCUCUGAAUUAGUUCAAGCUAACUUGAUUCGUCCUUUCAUUAUGAUUUUUACUGAACCUAUUUUGACUUUGAUGUCCUUGUAUAUUGCUGUCAUUUAUGCUUUAUUGUAUGCUUUCUUCUUUGCAUAUCCUAUUGUAUUUGCUCAACACGGUAUGAAUGAUGGUGAAAUCGGUUUGACUUUCCUCGGUAUCAUUGUUGGUACUUUCUUUGCUUUGAUGGUAACACCUCAAUUUGAAAAGAGGUUUAGAAAAGUUGUGCACGAUAAGAAUGGCUCACCCGAUCCUGAAGAUCGUUUACCUGGUAUGAUGUUUGCUGCACCUUUUGUACCCAUCUCUCUUUUUAUUUUCGCUUGGACUUCAUAUCCUUGGAUUGCUUGGAUUGGUCCUGUUAUGUCUGGUGUUCCUUUCGGUUUUGGUAUGGUUAUUGUGUACUAUUCUGCUAACAAUUAUAUCAUUGAUUGUUUCCCUCGUUAUGUCACAUCUGCAUUGGCUGCAAAGACUUUAAUUCGUUCUGGUUCUGGUGCUGCCUUCCCACUUUUCAUUAAUCAAAUGUAUGCUCGUUUGAAUAACGAAUGGGCUGGUACAUUACUUGCAUUUAUUUCUCUUGCUAUUUUACCAAUUCCUUUUGCUUUCUACAAAUGGGGCGCUAACAUUCGUGCAAGAUCAAAGAGUGCUUCUUAA